AUGCCUCCACUAGAGAGUGUGCCCCCAACAGAGAGUGUGCCGCCACUAGAGACUGUGCCCCCAACAGAUAGUGUGCCUCCACUAGAGAGUGUGCCCCCAACAGAGAGUGUGCCCCCACUAGAGAGUGUGCCCCCAACAGAGAGUGUGCCCCCACUAGAGACUGUGCCCCCACUAAAGAGUGUGCCUCCACUAGAGAGUGUGUCCCCACUAGAGACUCUGCCCCCACUAGUGUGUAACUACUACAGACUGUGCCCCCACUAG